AUGCGUGGAGCCGACUGCGGCGUCGACGCCUGCUCGGCGCAGCCUCCGUCAUCCAUCAUAGGAACAUUCUUUUCGCUUUCGCCUUUCAUCGGGACGUUUGCCGUCGUCGCCAUAAUCACCUCCCGUCAUGUCCACCCUAUCUUGUCGCGGAUGCACGAUGGCGCCCGUGAUGACGGGGAGGAUCAUGUCCUCCCGGCGACGGCACCGGCGGCGUUGAGGGCGUGCCAUGUCGAGCACGGCAACCGCAGCAUUCGCCAGAAACUGUCAGGGGCUGCCUUUGCGGCCACCAUUGGGCUUUCGACCGUCCUGGGAGAGCUGAUAUUGGCUGAGAUCUCGGACCUAAUCAAUGCAAGGGCGAGGACGACGGCGCUGCGGUAUACAGUGCCCACUCUGCUCUUUCUGCUCAUCGGCCUGACACCGUUUCUGAUUAUUCAGUCAGUCAUUGUCGGGGCCGGUUGGUCGUUUCAACGGACGGCCAAGGGGCGCCUCCCACGCAUGGCGUGGACGCUGCAGCUGUCUGCGUUUGCCAUUUGGCUACUUGUAUUCUGGCAGCUGGGGCGGUUGGUCCCCGGACCGGAUGAUAACUACGCCUAUGCCCGAGAUGCGGCAGCUAGCUUUGACAGUACGGGCAUCUCGAUGGCCAUGCGGGACUCUCCUACCACCUUCCCCGACUUGUCCGCCGGCGGUAGGGUGCUGUCGAGAGCUUGUCUCGAGAGGAUAGGCGUGAUUGGGAUAUCGCUAAUGGCGCUUUUGUCUGGCUUUGCCAGUGUGUCCUCUCCCUUCCAUAUACUCUCCGACAAUAGGCAACACCGAAAACGACCAGUCACCGAUGCGCAGAUUGCUAGGAAGCAGUCCGGGCUCGAGGCAACCCAGGAACUGCUGGUGCACAAGAAACACCGCCUACGAGCACUGCAGCACAAGUCGGCCGCCACUACAUCGGUGGCUGAGCACAAUUCGCCCACCUCGCCGGCACAGCUCGUCGGCAAGCUGGUCGGGUCGAUCAAGAGUUUCGGGGGCGGUGGCGAGGCCGGUGAGAUCAAGGCACUGCAGAUGGAGAUAACCGGGUUGGAACAGAUGGAGGCCAGCAUGUCGUCGAGUCUGGCGGCCAUGCGAACGAGGCAAGCAAAUCACGCACGUGACGGGACCGCCCUGGGCGCCCUCAUGGCGCUGCCAUCAUAUGCCUUCGGUCUCUACUGUGUCUACAGGAUCCUCGCAACGACCAUGACGACCCUCCGGCGGGCAUACUCCCCCGGCGCAUCAUUCUCAUCUUCGGAUCCCAUAAACCGCUUCCUCGGACUGCUUGCCAGGCACUGGGACCCUAAGCUGGACCAGCUCGCAUGGGCGAGGCAGAUCUCGUUUCUGCUGUCAGGGGUCAUCCUAGCCCUGUCGGCAAAUUCCGUCCUGCAGACCUUUCACCUGUUCUCCAAGUGGGCGCCGGGGCUCCUGCACCACACAAAGGCGAACCUGCCGCUGCUGGUCGCGCAGGUCACGGCGACCUACGUCAUUAGCGCGGCGCUUCUGCUGAGGAGCAAUCUGCCCAAGGAGGCGUCAAGUGCAGUAGGGGACGUGCUCGAGAGUGCGCUCGAGCCUGGAUUUGUCGAUCGCUGGUUCGAGGGAUGGUUCUUACUCGCCAGCAUAGCGACUGCGUUGGGUAUCUGGAUCGGCAGGAAGAUCGCAGGGUCCACGACAGACUGGGAUGACUGGGAGGAACUAUCUGCGGAAGAGCUGGGUCAAAAACGAUCAUGA